AUGAAUAUGCUGAAGGAAAAGUACACUAAUUUCGAGGCGAUUUCCAAUGGCAUUUUCAAGUGCAAGCAUUACGAUCAGUCUCUUGUCAUUAAAAUCAUCUCCAUUCCGACAGCAGAACAUAGGAACGGCGUUCCAAAGGAGAUAAUAAGAGAAGUCUCUCUUCUCAAAGAAUUGGACCACACCAACGUUGUGAGGUUGGUGGAUGUGAUGAGCAAUAAACGUGAUGUGUUUCUUGUUUUCGAGUGUCUUGACAAUACUCUUCAUAAUUUCUUGAUAAAUCCAGCGAUUUUUCUCUAUCCGACACUGAUUAAAGAGUUUCUUUUUCAAAUCGUUAACGCAGUAGCAUAUAUCCAUUCUCGCAAAAUCCUUCAUAGAGAUUUGAGACCUGAGAAUAUUCUGAUUGAUUUUGGAACCCAUGCUGUGAAAAUCUCAGACUUUGGUUCGGCCAGAACAUUUGAAGUUCCUUUUUUGUACUCUAACAAAGUGGGUUGUCCUUUUUAUAGGGCACCUGAACUCUUGUUGGGCUCGUCCAAUUACUCAACUCCAAAUGAUAUCUGGUCGGUGGGUUGUAUAUUUGGGGAGAUGGUUCUUGGCCAACCUCUAUUCCGUGGUGGAAGUGAUAUGGAGCUGCUGAAUGAGAUAUUUACCUUUCUUGGUACUCCAACAGAAGAAACCUGGCCUGGAGUGACUUCUUUCCGCAAAAUCCUUGCGCAAAUGGGCCCUCGAAAAGAACCGAAGGACAUGAAUCGUAUAUUUUCUGAGCUCGAACCAGCUGGGAUUGAUCUACUUUCGUUGUUGUUUGAGAUCUUGGCUGUAAGUCUGAUUUUGAAUCACAUGGGAACAAGAAAAUCUAAAGCUUCAAUAGCUCGAUGGAGAAUGGAGACGCAAUCUAAGUUCAUAGAAUUUGGGUUGAACUUACCUUAA